AUGGGCAACGAGGCCAGCCUAGAGGGCGGCGUUGGCGACGGGCUGUUGCCUCCGGGAGGCCCUGGCCCCGGCCCUGGCCCGGGCCCCGGCGCAGGGAAGCCGCCUUCAGCACCAGUCGGCGGUGGACAGCUCCCCGUGGCGGGCGCGGCGCGGGUGACCGUGGGACCACCGGUCCCUGGCCCUGGCCCUGGUCCCGGUCCCGGUCCCGGUCCGGGCUCAGGCAGCAUUUCCCGGAGACUGGACUCCAAGGAGCCUGUGGGUAGCCAGAGAGCAGCUUCCCCAACCCCGAAGCAGGCUUCUACUGCUGCUCCUGGCCGUGAGAGCCCACGGGAGACAAGGGCACAGGGCCCAGCAGGCCAGGAGGCUGAUGGCCCACGCAGGACGCUGCAGGUAGACAGCAGGACACAGAGAACAGGGCGGUCCCCCUCGGUGUCGCCGGACAGGGGCAGCACCCCGACAUCACCCUACUCUGUGCCCCAGAUUGCCCCUCUUCCCAGCAGCACUCUGUGUCCCAUAUGCAAGACCUCGGACCUCACAUCGACCCCCAGCCAGCCAAACUUCAACACCUGCACCCAGUGUCACAGCAAGGUCUGCAACCAGUGUGGGUUCAACCCCAACCCUCAUCUCACCCAGGUGAAAGAAUGGCUCUGUCUGAACUGUCAAAUGCAGAGGGCUCUGGGAAUGGACAUGACCACUGCGCCUCGUUCCAAAAGCCAGCAGCAGCUGCACUCCCCAGCCUUGUCUCCUGCCCACUCCCCAGCCAAACAGCCCCUGGGGAAGCCAGAACAAGAGAGAUCUCGGGGCCCAGGGGGACCACAGCCUGGAUCCCGCCAGGCUGAGACAGCCAGGGCCACCUCAGUGCCGGGACAUGCCCCAGCAGCUGCCCCUCCAGAGAUGGGGAGAGCAUCUCCUCAGCCCUCCCUCCCCACCAAGCCUUCCACCGCUGAGCCCAGGCCACCUCCAGGAGAGGCCUCAGCAAAAAGUGCCACCACAGCGCCCUCUGGGGCUGGCGCUGCCGAGCCGACUCAAGAGGGCCUCACUGGGAAGCUCUUUGGCCUUGGUGCUUCACUGCUAACCCAGGCAAGCACCCUCAUGUCUGUGCAGCCUGAGGCUGAGCCCCAGGGCCAGCCUGCCCCCAGUAAGGGUCCACCCAAGAUCGUCUUCAGCGAUGCCAGCAAGGAGACUGGUCCAAGACCUCCAGGCUCAGGACCUGGGCCUGGACCAGCACCUGCAGCCAAAACUGAGCCUGGGGCUAGGACAGGCCCUGGGUCAGGGCCUGGAGCCUUGGCAAAAACUGAAGGAACAACUAGUCCAAAACAUGGCAGAGCAGAACACCAGGCAGCAUCCAAGGCUGCUGCCAAGCCAAAGACCACGCCGAAGGAAAGGGCUACCUGCCCACUGUGCCAAGCGGAGCUCAACAUGGGCAGCAAGGGCCCAGCCAACUAUAACACCUGCACCACCUGCAAGCUCCAGGUGUGCAACCUGUGUGGCUUCAACCCAACACCCCACCUGGUGGAGAAAACAGAGUGGCUCUGUCUGAACUGCCAAACUAAGCGGCUGCUCGAGGGCAGCCUGGGAGAGCCGACACCCAUGCCGCUGUCCACCUCACCACAGCCCCCUGUGGGAGCCCCUCACCGUGCUGCUGGAGCAUCCCCUCUGAAGCAGAAGGGGCCACAGGGGCCCACUCAACCAUCUGGCCCUCUGCCUGCCAAGGCCAGCCCCCAGCCCACCAAGGCCAGCCCCCAGGCCAAGCCCCCCAGAGCUUCUGAACCCAGCAAGACCCCAAGCAGUGCCCAGGAAAAGAAGCCAGGAGCCCCAGCAAAAGCUACGACUGUGCCGAAGCCGCCACCAGAAGCAACCCUGCCCUCUGGGACGCCUAAAGUCAAGAGUGGGGUGAGGAGGAGUGAACCUGCCACCCACGUUACCAAGGCAGUUCCAGAAGCCCCCAAGGGUGGGGAAGCAGAGGAACCGGUGGGCAAGCCUUACUCUCAGGACCUGUCGCGGAGCCCACAGAGCCUCAGCGACACGGGCUAUUCUUCUGACGGCAUCUCCAGCUCCCAGAGCGAGAUCACAGGUGUGGUGCAGCAGGAGGUGGAGCAGCUAGACAGUGCAGGAGUGACAGGGCCACGCCCGCCCAGUCCUGUGGAGCUCCACAAGGUCGGGAGCAGUGUACGUCCGCAGCUGGAGGCCCAGGGCCUGGCCCCUAGUGGCAGCGAGCGGAGCAAAGCCCCCAGCAGCAGCAUCAGUGAGGAACAGAAGCAGCGGCCCCAUUCCCUGUCCAUCAUGCCAGAGGCCUUCGACUCCGAUGAGGAGCUGGAGGACAUCCUGGAGGAGGAGGACUCCCUGCAGUGGCAACGCCAGAGGGAGCAACAGGACACAGCCGAGUCGUCUGACGACUUUGGCAGUCAGCUGAGGCAUGACUACGUGGAGGACAGCAGUGAGGGCGGCCUGUCCCCAGUCCCACCCCAGCCCCCAGCCCAAGCAGCAGAACUGACUGAUGAGGAGUUCAUGCGGCGGCAGAUCCUGGAGAUGAGCGCCGAGGAAGACAACCUGGAGGACGAUGAUGACACUGCUGCUCCUGGGCACAGCCUGGCCAAGCACGGUGCCCAGAAGGGCAGCUCCAGGACCAGGCCUGAGUCUGGCCAAGAAGCAGCAGCACUGCCUAAGAGGCGCCUGCCCCACAAUGCCACUACAGGUUAUGAGGAGCUGCUCUCAGAGGGAGGCCCACCAGAGGACACCGAAGGCAGCGGGGCACUGCAGGGUGGGCUCCGACGCUUCAAGACCAUUGAACUCAACAGCACGGGCAGCUAUGGCCACGAGCUGGACCUGGGCCAAGGCCCUGACCCCAGCCUCGACCGAGAGCCUGAGCUAGAGAUGGAAAGCCUGACAGGCUCACCGGAGGACCGCUCCCGUGGGGAACACUCCUCCACCCUGCCUGCCUCCACACCCAGCUACACGUCCGGCACUUCUCCCACUUCCCUGUCCUCACUCGAGGAGGACAGCGACAGCAGCCCCAGCCGCCGGCAAAGGCUAGAAGAAGCAAAACAACAGCGCAAGGCCCGGCACCGCUCUCACGGGCCCCUGCUGCCCACUAUUGAGGACUCCUCGGAGGAAGAGGAGCUGCGGGAGGAAGAGGAACUGCUGCGAGAGCAGGAGAAGAUGAGGGAGGUGGAACAGCAGCGCAUCCGCAGCACAGCCCGCAAGACCCGGCGUGACAAGGAGGAGCUGCGGGCCCAGCGGCGGCGUGAGCGCUCCAAGACGCCACCCAGCAACCUGUCCCCAAUUGAGGAUGCUUCACCCACCGAAGAGCUGAGGCAAGCAGCUGAGAUGGAGGAGCUGCACCGCUCCUCAUGCUCCGAGUAUUCACCCUCCCCCUCUCUGGAUUCGGAGGCCGAGGCUCUGGACGGAGGCCCCUCCCGCCUGUACAAGUCCGGUAGUGAGUACAACCUGCCCACCUUCAUGUCCCUCUACUCACCAACUGAGACCCCUGUGGGCAGUGCCACCACUCCCAGCACCGGACGGCCCCUCAAGAGUGCCGAGGAGGCCUACGAGGAGAUGAUGAGAAAAGCUGAGCUGUUGCAGCGGCAGCAGGGCCAGGGCAUGGCAGCCAAGGGGCCUCAUGGAGGCCCCUCGCAGACCCCGGGCCCUAGGGGCCAGGGCUCCUUUGAGUAUCAGGACACCCCAGACCGCGAUUAUGGCAGGGCCACUCAGCCUGCCCCUGAGGGUUCACCAGCUGGCCUGGGCAAGGCUGUGUAUGAGGAGAUCCUCCAGACAUCCCAGAGCAUUGCGCGCAUGCGACAGGCUUCCUCCAGAGACCUAGCCUUCGCUGAGGACAAGAGGAAGGAGAAGCAGUUCCUGAAUGCUGAGAGCGCAUACAUAGACCCCAUGAAGCAGAAUGGUGGCCCACUGACGCCCGGCACCAGUCCCACCCAGCUUGCUGCCCCUGUGUCCUUCUCCACCUCCACUACCUCGGACAGUGGUGGAGGCCGAGUGAUCCCUGAUGUGCGUGUCACUCAGCAUUUCGCGAAGGAGCCUCAAGACACCUUCAGGCUGCACAGUUCCUCUGCCUCCCCCAGUUCAGCCCCCAAGGAGGUAGGCAUGUCUGUCUCCCAGGGCCCUGGGGCCCCAGCCACAACAGCAGCGGCUCCCUGCCCAGCUGGCCUGCCACGGGGAUAUAUGACUCCGGCUUCUCCUGCUGGCUCUGAGCGUAGCCCUUCACCAUCCUCUGCGGGCCACGCCUAUGGCGCAAGCCCAAGCACUGCAAACUAUGGGUCCCAAACUGAAGAACUGCCCCCAGCCCCUAGCGGCCCUGCUGCAAGUGGACGGGCUGCCAGAGAGAAGCCCCUAAGCGGGGCUGAGAGUGAAGGGGGUGCUCCACAGCCUUCCCGGGGAUAUUCCUACUUUGCGGGGUCCAGCCCACCCAUCUCCCCAUCUUCCCCCUCAGAGAGUCCCACAUUCUCUCCUGGCAGGCUGGGCCACAGGGCCACAGCAGAGUUCUCUACACAGACGCCAAGCCCAGCACCAGCCUUGGACAUGCCACGGAGCCCCAGUGCUCCCACUCCAACCCCUAUGGUAGCCCAGGGCACUCAGACCCCACAUAGAUCCACCACGCCUCGUCUGGUGUGGCAGCAGUCCUCUCAGGAGGCACCCAUUAUGGUCAUCACGCUGGCAUCAGACGCCUCCAGCCAGACCAGGAUGGUGCAUGCCAGUGCCUCCACCUCCCCGCCGAGCUCACCUACAGACACCCAGUCCACCGCCCACAGUUACAGCCAGACUACACCUCCCAAUGGGUCUCAAUUGCCCCAAGAGCCACCUGGGCCCCCUGGCUUUCCACGGGGGCCCAGUGCUGGUGCAGAUGGGCCCCUGGCCUUGUAUGGCUGGGGCGCCCUCCCUGCCGAGAACAUCUCCCUGUGCCGGAUCUCCUCUGUCCCUGGGACCUCUAGGGUGGAACCAGGCCCCAGGCCCCCUGGUAGUGCAGUGGUAGACCUCCGCACAGCUGUGAAGCCCACGCCCAUCAUCCUCACUGACCAGGGCAUGGACCUGACCUCUCUGGCUGCAGAAGCAAGGAAGUACGGCCUCGCUCUGGAUCCAGUUCCAGGACGGCAAUCGACUGCUGUGCAGCCUUUGGUCAUCAACCUCAACGCCCAGGAGCAGACCCAUGCCUUUCUUGGCACUGCCACCACCGUGAGCAUCACCAUGUCCUCCUCUGUGCUCAUGGCUCAGCAGAAACAGCCUGUGGUCUAUGGAGACCCCUUCCAGAGCCGGCUCGAUUUUGGCCAGGGGGCAGGUAGCCCUGUGUGCCUGGCCCAGGUCAAGCAGGUAGAGCAAGCCGUCCAGACAGCCCCAUACAGAGGGGGUGCCCGGGGAAGACCCAGGGAAGCCAAGUUUGCUAGGUAUAACCUCCCCAACCAGGUAGCACCUCUGGCCAGAAGAGAUGUUUUGAUCACUCAGAUGGGCACCGCCCAGAGCGUUGGCCUCAAGGCAGGCCCAGUGCCAGAACCUGGAGCUGAGCCCCACCGGGUCACUCCAGCAGAGUUGCGAUCCCAUGCCCUGCCAGGGGCCAGGAAGCCACACACGGUGGUGGUGCAGAUGGGAGAGGGCCCGGCAGGCACCGUGACCACACUGCUCCCAGAGGAGCCAGCCGGGGCCCUGGACCUGACUGGGAUGAGGCCUGAAAGCCAGCUGGCCUGCUGUGACAUGGUCUACAAGUUCCCCUUCAGCAGCAGCUGCACUGGCGCCUUCCACCCCACCCCCAGUGCACCUGAAAAGAGCGGGUCAGAGGCUGUGCCUCCUGGCCAAGGCACUGGCCCCUUCUAUGGUCCCCGGGACUCAGAGCUUCCUGAGCCCCCUACCUACCGGGCACAGGGGAUCAUGGGGCCUGGGCCCCAUGAGGACCAGAGGCCCUACCCACAAGGCCUUCCUGGCCGGCUGUACUCCUCCAUGUCUGACACCAAUUUGGCUGAGGCUGGGCUCGGCUACCAUGCCCACAGGAUUGGGCAGCUCCUGCAGGGCUCUGGACGUGACUCAGCCCUAGACCUCAGCUCCCUGAAACACUCCUACAGCCUGGGCUUUGCAGAUGGGCGCUAUGUGGGGCAGGGCCUGCAAUAUGGCUCCUUCACAGAUCUCCGUCAUCCCACAGAUCUGACUCACCCGCUCCCCAUGCGGCGCUAUAGCUCAGUGUCCAACAUCUACUCAGACCACAGGUAUGGUGCCCGGGGAGACACAGUCGGUUUCCAGGAAGCCAGUCUGGCCCAGUACAGUGCCACCACAGCCCGUGAGAUCAGCCGUAUGUGUGCUGCCCUCAACUCAAUGGACCAGUAUGGUGGGCGACAUGGCGGGGUUGGCAGUAGCCCUGACCUUGCACAGUACCACCAGCCCCAGCAUGGGCCUGGGCUCAGUGCUCCACAGGGCCUGGCUCCCCUUAGACCUGGCCUCCUCGGUAACCCCACCUUCCCAGAGAGCCAUCCAAGUCCCGGGAACCUGACACAGUUUGGACCUGCAGCAGGCCAGGGACCAGCUGUCAGACAGCUGCUGCCAUCCACAGCCACUGUGCGGGCCGCUGACGGCAUGAUCUAUUCCACGAUCAACACCCCGAUUGCUGCAACACUGCCCAUCACCACCCAGCCUGCCUCGGUGCUGCGGCCCAUGGUGCGUGGUGGCAUGUACAGGCCUUACACGUCUGGUGGAGUCACAGCCGUGCCUCUCACCAGUCUGACACGUAUGCCCAUGAUUGCUCCCAGGGUCCCUCUUGGGCCAACAGGGCUGUUGCGAUACCCCGCUCCAGGGAGGUUCCCCAUUGCUUCCAAUGUCACACCUGCUGAGGGGCCUGUCUACCUAGGGAAGCCUGCUGCUGCCAAGGCCCCGAGCACUGGAGGCCCACCCAGGCCAGAGCCACCAGCAGGGACUGCGCGGGAAGAGCCUGUUCCCACCACCACCCCAGCUGCUAUUAAGGAGGCUGCCCCAGCCCCAGUUCCAGCCCCACUAGCUGGUCAGAAGCCACCAGGAGAUGCUGCUGCUCCUGGGGCUGGCACUACAACACUCAGCCGGCCAGGACCUGAGAAGGAAGAACUAUCGCAAGAGGAGAGGCAGAGGAAGCAGCAAGAGCAGCUGCUGCAGCUGGAGCGGGAGCGAGUUGAGUUGGAGAAGCUGCGGCAGCUGCGGCUGCAAGAGGAGCUGGAGAGGGAGCGUGUGGAGCUCCAGAGGCACCGGGAGGAGGAGCAGCUGCUGGUGCAGCGGGAACUGCAGGAGCUGCAGACCAUCAAGCAGCAUGUGCUGCAGCAACAGCAGGAGGAACGCCAGGCCCAGUUUGCGUUGCAGCGGGAGCAGCUAGCCCAGCAGCGCCUGCAGCUGGAGCAGAUCCAGCAGCUGCAGCAGCAGCUGCAGCAGCAGCUAGAAGAGCAGAAGCAGCGGCAGAAGGCCCCCUUCCCUGCAGCCUGUGAGGCACCUAGCCGAGGGCCUCCUCCAACUGCUCCUGAGCUGGCCCAGAAUGGCCAGUAUUGGCCACCCCUGAGCCACACAGCCUUCAUUGCCGUGGCAGGGCCCGAGGUUCCUGGGCAGCCUCGUGAGCCUGUGCUUCACCGGGGUCUACCCAGCUCCGCCUCAGACAUGUCGCUGCAGACCGAGGAACAGUGGGAGGCAAGCCGGGGGGGCAUCAAGAAACGGCACUCUAUGCCACGCCUGCGGGAUGCCUGUGAGUCCGAGCCAGGCCCGGAGCCUGGCACGGUCAGGAGGAUUGCAGACAGCAGUGUGCAGACAGACGACGAGGACGGGGAGGGCCGCUACCUGCUGACCCGGCGGCGCCGGACGCGGCGCAGUGCUGACUGCAGCGUGCAGACAGAUGACGAGGAUAAUGCCGAGUGGGAACAGCCGGUGCGCCGCCGCAGGGCCCGGGCUUCACGCCAUUCUGACUCCACUUCUGAUAGCAAGCAUGAUGCCACUGCCUCAACAUCCACUGCUUCCACUGCCGCUGCUGCCGCCAGGGCCACAAGCAGUGUGGGCAUCCAGACCAUCAGUGACUGCUCUGUGCAAACGGAGCCUGACCAGCUGCCCAGGGUCUCUCCAGCCAUUCACAUUACGGCUGCCACUGACCCCAAGGUGGAGAUCAUCAAGUACAUAUCGGCACCAGAGAAGACGGGGCGUGGGGAGAGCCUGGCCUGCCAGACAGAGCCUGACGCCCAGGCCCAGAGUGUAACUGGGACCCAGCUGGUCGGGCCAACUGCCAUCAGCCCCUAUCUGCCUGGCAUCCAGAUAGUCACCCCUGGGUCCCUGGGCAGAUUUGAAAAAAAGAAGCCAGAUCCCCUGGAGAUUGGGUACCAGGCCCACCUACCCCCGGAGUCCCUCUCACAGCUCAUGGGCCGCCAGCCUCCAAAGUCCCCUCAGGUCCUCUACUCACCAGUGUCACCCCUGUCCCCACACCGGCUGCUGGACACCUCCUUUGCUUCCAGCGAGAGACUGAACAAGGCUCACGUGAGUCCACAGAAGCACUUCGCAGCUGAAAGCACUCUCCGUCAGCAGACGCUGCCUCGCCCCAUGAAGACCCUGCAGCGGUCCUUGUCUGACCCUAAGCCCCUCAGCCCCACCGCCGAGGAGUCUGCCAAAGAGAGAUUCUCCCUCUACCAGCACCAGGGGGGGCUGGGUAGCCAGGUGUCGGCGCUGCCACCCAACGGCCUGGUCCGCAAGGUGAAGCGGACACUGCCCAGCCCCCCUCCAGAGGAGGCCCACCUUCCCCUGGCUGGCCAGGCCCCCCAACAGCUGUACACAGCCAGCCUGUUGCAGCGAGGGCUGGCGGGGCCCACCGCCGUCCCUGCUACCAAGGCCAGCCUGCUCCGGGAGCUGGACCGGGACCUGCGGCUGGUGGAGCAUGAGUCCACCAAGCUGCGCAAGAAGCAGGCGGAACUGGAUGAGGAGGAGAAGGAGAUUGACGCCAAGCUCAAGUACCUGGAGCUGGGUAUCACGCAGCGCAAAGAGUCUUUGGCCAAAGACCGGGGUGGCCGCGACUACCCACCCUUGCGUGGUCUUGGGGAGCAUCGUGACUACCUGUCAGACAGUGAGCUCAACCAGCUGCGGCUCCAGGGCUGCGCGACUCCAGCUGCACCAUAUGUGGACUUCCCCACUGCUGCUGCUGCUGCUCCAACCCCUACCACUGCCUUAGGCCCCACUGCUUUCCAGCAGCCCCGAUUCCCACCACCAACUACACAGUACACUUCAGGCGGCAGUGGGCUGACCCAGAAUGGAUUCCCAGCCCACCAGGCACCCACCUACCCCGGCCCCAACACAUAUCCAACACCUGCCUUUCCUCCUGGCACCAAUUAUCCACCUGAACCUGGCCUAUCGAUCCAGCAGGCUUUCCGUCCCACAGGCCACCAUACAGCCCAAACAACAAUGCCAACCACACAGAGUACCCACUUUCCAGUUCCGGCUGACAGCCGUGUCCCCCACCAGAAGCCACGCCAGACAUCGCUGGCUGACCUGGAGCAGAAGUUACCCACCAACUAUGAGGUGAUCGCCAGCCCCGUGGUGGCCAUGUCUUCAGCCCCCACUGAAACUAGCUAUGGUGGCCCAGCUGUGAGCAGCAGCUACGAACAGGGCAAGGGUCCCGAGCUGCCCCGGGCCAGUGACCGCAGCAGUGUGAGCCAGAGCCCAGCCCCUGCCUACUCUUCUGAUUCACACUACACUAGUUUGGAGCAAAAUGUUCCUCGGAACUACGUGAUGAUAGAUGACAUCAGUGAGCUAACCAAGGACAGCACCCCCACUGCCCCAGAGAGCCAGCGGCUGGAUCCCAUGGGACCGGGCAGCAGUGGACGCCCAGGGAAGGAGCCUGGAGAUCCUGGUGCCCUUGAGGGGCCCACCCUGCCCUGCUGCUAUGGCAGAGGAGAGGAAGAAUCCGAGGAAGACUCCUAUGACCCCCGUGGGAAGGCUGGCCACCACCGGAGUGUGGAGAGCAACGGCCGACCAGCCAGCACCCACUACUACAGUGACAGUGACUACAGACAUGGAACUCGGGCAGAGAAAUAUGGUUCAGGACCCUUGGGGCCCAAGCAUCCCGCCAAGAGCCUGGCCCCAGCUGCUGUCUCCUCUAAGCGCAGCAAGCACCGGAAGCAAGGCAUGGAGCAAAAGAUCUCCAAGUUCUCGCCAAUUGAAGAGGCCAGGGACGUGGAGUCAGACUUGGCCUCCUAUCCCCCCUCUGCAGUCAGCAGCAGCCUAGCCUCCCGGGGCAGGAAGUUCCAAGACGAAAUCACCUAUGGGCUCAAGAAGAAUGUGUACGAACAGCAGAGGUACUAUGGGGUGUCCAGCCGAGAUGCAGCUGAGGAGGAUGACCGUGUAUAUGUUGGGAGCAGCCGGUCCCGGGUGGCGUCUGCUUACAGUGGGGAGAGGCUGUCCAGCCACGACUUCAGUAGCCGGAGCAAGGGAUACGAACGGGAGCGGGAUACUGCAGAGCGACUUCAAAAAGCAGGCCCCAAGCCCUCGUCCCUAAGUAUGGCUCACAGCCGGGGACGACCCCCUAUGCGGAGCCAGGCUUCUGAAGAAGAGAGUCCGGUUAGCCCCUUGGGGCGACCUCGCCCUCCUGGGGGGCCCCUGCCUCCCGGGGAUAGCUGCCCACAGUUCUGCUCGAGCCACUCCAUGCCUGACGUCCAGGAGCACAUCAAGGACGGGCCUCGGGCCCACACAUAUAAGCGUGAGGAGGGCUACAUCCUGGACGACUCACACUGCGUGGUGUCCGACAGUGAAGCGUAUCACCUGGGCCAGGAGGAGACAGACUGGUUUGAUAAGCCCCGGGAUGCCCGCUCCGACCGGUUCAGGCACCAUGGGGGCCACGCAGUCUCCUCCUCCCAGAAGCGAGGCCCUGCCAGGCACAGCUACCAUGACUAUGACGAGCCCCCUGAGGAGGGCCUGUGGCCUCCUGAUGAGGGCGGCCCAGGCCGCCACGCCUCAGUCAAGGAACACCGGCACCACAGUGAGCACGGGCGGCACUCAGGCCGCCACGCUGGUGAGGAGCCGGGACGGCGUGCUGCCAAGUCACACGGUCGGGACAUGGGUCGUCAUGAGGCCCGACCUCACCCUCAACCCAGCCCUGCCCCAGCCAUGCCGAAGAAGGGGCAACCUGCAUACCCCAGCUCUGCAGAGUAUUCCCAGCCACCACGCACCCCAUCAGCAUACCAUCAUGUCCCUGACAGCAAGAAGGGCUCCCGGCAGGCCCACUCUGGGCCCUCUGCCCUGCAGCCAAAGCCAGAACCCCAGGCGCAGCCACAAACAGCUCCCAGUCGACAGACAACUCCAGGACCACAGCAGUCACAGCCACUACCAUCCAGACAGCUGCCUUCGGGGGCGGUAGCACGCCAACCACAGGUGCAGCAGGCACCUCAGCCGCAGCAGCCACUGCAGCAGCAGCAGCAGCAGCAGCAACCUCCCCAGCAGGCACCAUCACAGGCUCGACAGCAGCAGCAGCAGAGCCAGCCAUCUGCCAGGGGCCCAGGCCCUGCUGCCAGCCAGCCAGCAGGGAAGCCUCAAACAGGCCCCACAACAGCUGCAGGCCCCCAGCCAGCAGGACUGCCACGGGCAGACCAAGCAAAUGGCUCUAAAGCAACAGCUAAGGCUCCGCCACAGGGAAGGGCUCCUCAGGUGCAGGCAACGCCAGGACCCGCACCUGCAGGUGUGAAGUCAGGAACCAGGCCUGGAGGCACCGCCGCGACUCCUGCAGGCCAGCCAGGUGCAGAUGGAGAGAGUGUGUUCUCCAAGAUCCUCCCAGGUGGGGCAGCAGAGCAAGCUGGCAAGCUGACUGAAGCUGUCUCUGCUUUUGGCAAAAAAUUCUCCUCAUUUUGGUGA